AUGCUUUGGCUGGUGCUUUUCGUGGUCCUUUUGGUGAGCCCAUAUGCGACAUUCUGUUGUGCGAGGAACGAUCAACUCGUUUUCCCGAUACGUCUGUUGGUGACCACGGAAAACGUUUGCCGUUUCCUAUUCGCUUUCGCCAAUUUCGGCAUCAUCCUUUGUAAUGCAGAUUAUAAGAUUUUCAAUGCCAAAUGCUCUUCAACGAUUUCCUCGUUUUUCGACUUUCUUCACGCGAAUUUUCAGUUUCUCGAGCUUUGCACGCAGUACUGUCAAGUCGGCGUUUCGAUAAAAGAAAAUGGUAAAGUGAGUCGAGCUGAGCGUUUGCUGAUGAUUCAGAUGCUCUGUAACUCCGGAGCUCAGUUUCUGGACACUAUUACUUGGAAGUUCUUUCUGAUCUUCGUCACGCUUUUCUUCGGCUACAACAUGCAACGCUUGUUCGUCUUUUCGGUCUACUUGAUGUCGUUUCUUUUGAUGGAUCUAGGUGGAUGCAUUGUUUGCAUUUUAUUUCUUCGAAAAGUCUCGCCCACCCCUUCUCAGUCGAGACGAUCUACAAUCAGCAACCACCACCGGCCAUCACUU